AUGGCGAGCAAGACGUCCGCCACGGCCGUGUGCUCGGCCUGCUUCCCGCUGUCGUCUUCACUACAUAGGUCGGCACGGUACGUGCACCAAACGAGCCGUCGCCGUCUCCCCUCUCUACGUCCAGUAACCACCAGCCGCCAUCGAACCUACGCAACCACGGCCUCGUCCUCUAGCGACACCACCACGCCGCUGCCGCCGCCGCCGGCAUGGCCCGACUCGGCACAUCCGUCACCCUACGAGAUCUUCGGCAUGGCCCGUCGCGACCCAUACACGAAGCGGCGCUUCCACCAGCUCGUCAAGCUCUACCAUCCCGACAUGACACCACCCCCGCCGCCCUCCUUGUCCUCGCCGCCGCCACCACCACCACCUCUCACGCCCGCCGCCCGCACCGAGCGCUACCGGCUCGUCGUCGCCGCCAAUGACCUCCUCAGCGACCCGUCCCGGCGGCAACUCUACGACCUCCACGGCGCCGGCUGGUCCGACACCGAGUACGACACCGAGCAGCUGCGCCGACGCGACCGCGACUGGCGGUACCAGCCUGGCAGCCCCGCGCACAACGCCACCUGGGAGGAUUGGGAGGCGUGGCACCAGGAGCAGCGCCGGCAGCAGUACGGCGGCGGCGGCGCCCCGCCAAAGCCCGUGUACACGAGCAACGGCUUGUUUGCGGCCCUCGUCGUCGCCAUGUGCAUGGUCGGCGCCCUGGCGCAAAAGAAUCGCGCCAUGGCCGUCGGCGAGCAGUACGUCGAGUUUGUCGAGGACCGCAACGCGGAUAUCGCACGUGCCAUGCAGCGCACCACGGGCGCCGCCGCCGGGCGCUCCCGCGAGGAGCGAAUCGACUCGUUUGUCCGGGACAGAGAGAACGUGACGUAUCGUUACCGCCCGCGCCGGUAUGACGCGCCGGACGAGCCGGAGGGGGCGGAAGCGGCACCGGACACGCAGCGGCUGCGUGGUGUAAGAGCACCGCCGUCGUAA